CCGUUUCUCUCUGAAUAUUGUGAUGUUUUCUAUUUUGGCAUGGUAGAUGCAAUUUAUUUUUAUAUUUAAAUGCCACAGGUCACUCGGUUUAAUAUAUAUAUAUUAUCUAAGUUCAAAAAAGGCUUAUUUCGCAACUAUAUCAAGUAUAAUGUCUCAAAUGAAAUCAGUGGGCUCCGCUGCCCGUUUGGCGGGCUCUCGGCCCUUUAGAGUGUCCAUCGAAGGCAACAUUGGCUCCGGGAAGUCGACUUGUAUCAAGUUCUUUCAGAAAUACCGCAACGUUGAGGCACAUCCGGAACCCUUAGAUGAGUGGAGGAAUGUUGGUGGCCACAAUCUGCUGGGACUGUUGUAUGGGAAUGUGCACAAGUGGACCUUCCCGUUCCAGCACUAUGUGCAUCUGAGCCGCCUCAAGAUACAGAUCAGUCCACCCUCGCACCCGGGAAUCACUGUCAAGAUGUUUGAGAGGUCAGUACAGAACAGCCGGCACUGCUUCGUAGAGAACGCCAAGAAGCAGAACUACCUGGAGGAUGCAGAGUACCAAGUUCUGAUGACCUGGUUUGAUUACUCCGAGAAGAAUCUCGACAUCAGCCUGGAUCUUAUAGUGUAUCUGCGGACCACCCCACAAGUUGUGUACGAACGCAUGCUGCGGCGCGCGCGCGCCGAGGAGGCCGCCGUGCCGCUCGAGUACCUGCAGGAAGUGCACGACUCGUACGAGAGCUGGCUGAGCUCGGGCUCCGUGGGCUGCGAGGUGCUCGCCGUCGACGCGGACCGCGGCCUGGGCCUCGUGGCGGAGGACCUGGAGAGGUACUCCUACAAGAUCCUCGGCGGGAACCACACCAACUGACGCCAGGGGCCUUGGCUUCCAAGUGCUGUCCACAUCAGCUGACGCCAAAAACUUCAUAUGCCGUAUAUGUGAUGUUUACGCAACCUCUGGCUAAAUAAUCGAUUGUAUUAGAUGUGUAGUGUCCCUAAGUUUGACAGCUGACGACGGCAAAGAUGGCGCAAUAUUUAUAAUUUGUCGUACCUAACUAAAUUGUCAACCAUUAACCAGAGUCACCGAAUAAGGGGCCGUACAGCGAUAUCUACUUCAGCUGUCGAGGCACAAAUUAUUCAGACUUUAUACUCUUCUACUACUAACAACUUUACUCUAAAUAUCUAACGUAAGAAAAGCCCCUGUGAAAUACGUACCAAUGUGAUCCUAUAAUGUAUUCUGUAAACGCUAGCAAUACUCGUGAAAGCAGAGCCACAAUACCAUUUCUAAUAUCAACUUUUACUGUAUCGCUGUGCUGCUUAUUUUAUAUAACGUUACCUAUAAUUCGUUUUUUUACCAUUAGAAAAAUAAGUCAAAUAUGUAACAAUUAUAAAUCAUAUACGAUC